GCCCAAUCCAUCGUUUUGUAUUGCGUGUUUCCGGCCUCUCCCACAGACGAUGUCGUCGAGCUUGGCCAAAGCCCGCGAGGCCGCCAAGGCCGCGCAGACGCAGCGCGUCGAGUCGGUGAUCGCCAAACGCGCCCCGCCGGCGCCGGCCCUCUCGGCGAAGAAGCUCCAGAUCCCGCCCAAGCGCAAGCAAAUGGCGACGCCGGCCAAAGCGGCCGAGACGCCGUCCAAGAUGCCAAAGCUUGCGACGCCUAUGAAGCGCACCAAGGCGUGGGGCGCGUGUGCGCUGUGCAACGUGGUCGACGACAAGGUCGACGCUACCUGCGUUGUCUGCAACAACAAGCUCCACCUCGCGUGCGCCACAGCGAUCGCGCGUGGCGUGAACCUCGAGUCCUUUUCCAUCGGCGCCGCGUACUGCUCGUUUCCGUGCUACUACAGCAACAACUCGGGGCGCAAGCUUCCCAACGUCGCGUACGCAACGCCGGUGAAAGCGCCUGGCUCGUCGCUCGCGACGCCGUCGCGGCGCUUCUCGACGCCCAUCGAGACCACGCCGUCGCGGUUUGACCUUACAACGCCCACGAAGGCGCUGCAGUCGCCGACCGAGAGCACGUCCGAGCCGUGGAAGCUCAAGUCGAAAUCCAAGUACGUCGAAGGGGACGAGAUCAAGACCGUGCUGUUUACCCACUCGGGCGUCAAGGCGCGGCGACCUCGCUCGGUCCUCGAUGACGACAGCGAGGACGACGAUGACGAUAACUCGCUGCCACCGCUCAGCCGUCGCCUCGUCCCAAACACACCCGCCCGCCAGUCACUGCCAACGCCGACGCGGCCAUUCCCGCCGACGCAUCAUCGUCCGGCCACGCCUCGCCGCCCCUCCGCUGCGACGCAAACACCACUGUCGUCUGUUGACACGCCGCGGACACCGGCAACUGCACCAUCGAGACCGGCGGCCACGCCAUCCAAGCCGCCAUCGACACCAUCGACGCCGUCGACCAACGAGCCCACUUCUUCGUCCAAGCGUCACCGCCCCACGUACCUCAAGGUCGAGUCGUUGCCGCGAGGGUACUCGUACCCGCAGUGGGUCAUUUUGCUCGUCCUGGCCGCGAUGGCCAUCACGGCCAGCCUCCUCUUGACGAUGGCGUACAUGGACGCGAUGCCCAUGUGCGACUCGGAAAGUGCAGACGACAUGUCGUCGCUGCCGUCACUGCACUGCCACCGGUGCCCCGAGUUUGGCCACUGCCACAGCGGCCAACUGCACUCGUGCCGCGAGCCGUACGUCCUCGUCGAACGGCGCUGCGUCGAGUCGGACCAGGUGCGCCAAGACGCCCACUUGAUGGCCGAGCUCCUCGACAGCUUUCUCAUUCGCCGCGCGUCGUCAGCGUUCUGCAACGGGUCGUGGGUCGAGCUCCUGCUCUUUGGCAACGACAACAGCGACAGCUCGCAGCAGAUUGUUGUCAGUGCGACCGAGCAGCUCGGCUACCUCCGCACCCAAGCCAACUGGGAAAAGAGCAGCGACGUGGCGUUUGUCGCAGCGUACACAAAGGCGGCGGCGCAACUCGCGGCGCAGAGCAGCACGCGGUACUUUCAAGACGACGGGCAAGUCGCAUUGACGGUCCUUGACGCCAGCGCCCUCUGCUGGACUGUGUUGGAGCUGCACGAGCACCUCUACAUCUACGCAUCGACCUUCUUUGGUGCGCUCGGCGCACUCUACCUCUACAGCCAGGUCCAGCAGAGCAAGUUCCGCAAGCUUCUGUUUACCAAGAUGCUGCAAGCGGUGCACGGCGAACUCCGGCGCCUCGAGGAGAGCGACAAUGUGCUCGAUGGCGCCGUCGACGGCUUGCGCCGCGAGAUUCUCGAGCGCUUCUUCCCCCACGCCACCGACUCGCGCGAAGCCACGCGUCUCUGGACGAGCAUUGUGGCACACGUCCAGCGCGAUGCUCGCGUGCGCGAGCGCCACGUCAUGCACCGUGGCCAGCAAGUGCUCGUGUGGGAGUGGAUCGACGCCCGCCGGCAAACAGCAACGCGCGUCGAACCGCCUUUGGUCGCUGGCCAAGCCGUCAACUACAGUACGACCUCGUAUUAAAGAUAACGAGUCGGAUGCCCACAGCUGCGCUUUGAU